AUGUUUUAUUCAUUUUUCAGGUUAGCACUCUAUGUAUAUGAAUAUCUGCUCCAUGUAGGAGCUCAGAAAUCGGCCCAAACAUUUUUAUCAGAGAUAAGAUGGGAAAAAAACAUCACAUUAGGGGAGCCUCCAGGAUUCUUACAUUCUUGGUGGUGUGUAUUCUGGGAUCUCUACUGUGCGGCUCCAGAGAGGCGGGAGACUUGUGAGCACUCAAGUGAAGCCAAGGCCUUCCAUGACUACAACACUGUGCGGCCUGGCGCCCCUUUGCGCUUGUGCUUUGACCCACGUGCGUGCGAGCGAGCGAGCGAGCGAUUGAAAGUCCAGGGAAGCUUCGCCGUGCUCUGCCUGCCCACGGCUCCGAAUCCGGGCAGAGGCACUGGCAGGCUGCGUGGCCAAGCGGCUGCCCGCGCGCGGCUCAGCUCCUGGUCCCAGCCUCCAGUCAGGAGCGCAGCAGCAGCACCCAGCCCUGUGCUGGGCAACAUCCCCCCGGGAGAUGGCAUGCCAGUAGGCCCUGUGCCACCAGGCUUCUUCCAGCCUUUUAUGUCACCCCGGUACCCUGGAGGUCCCCGGCCCCCGCUGAGGAUACCUAAUCAGGCGCUCGGCGGCGUCCCGGGAAGCCAGCCCCUGCUCGCCAGCGGCAUGGACCCCACGCGACAGCAAGGACACCCGAAUAUGGCUGGGCCGAUGCAGAGAAUGACUCCCCCGCGAGGGAUGGUGCCCUUGGGACCGCAGAACUAUGGAGGUGCAAUGAGACCCCCACUGAAUGCUUUAGGUGGCCCCGGGAUGCCCGGCAUGAACAUGGGUCCAGGUGGUGGCAGACCUUGGCCAAACCCAACAAAUGCCAAUUCAAUACCCUACUCCUCAGCCUCGCCGGGGAAUUACGUGGGUCCCCCUGGAGGUGGCGGGCCACCCGGGACUCCUGUCAUGCCCAGCCCGGCAGAUUCAACCAACUCUGGAGACAACAUGUAUACUUUAAUGAAUGCAGUGCCUCCUGGACCCAACAGACCUAAUUUUCCAAUGGGCCCGGGCUCGGAUGGUCCCAUGGGUGGCUUAGGAGGAAUGGAGUCGCAUCACAUGAAUGGCUCUCUAGGCUCAGGAGAUAUGGACAGUAUUUCCAAGAACUCACCCAAUAACAUGAGCCUGAGCAACCAGCCGGGCACUCCGAGGGACGACAGCGAGAUGGGGGGCAACUUCUUAAAUCCCUUUCAGAGUGAAAGUUACUCCCCGAGCAUGACGAUGAGCGUGUGACGCCCCGAGCCGGGACACGCCGGAGUCGCCCUCGCUCCGCGCAGCCUCCGGAGAGCCUCCUCCGCAGUGUACAGCGUACAGAUCCAGCCGCGCCGCGCCAGCCCGUUUCUGUCCUGCUCUCUCCCCUUUUUUGUGAAGAAAGCGGGUCCAAACGCAAUUCAGACAACUGCACGGAGCGGCACAGUAGAAUUGCCUGAGACCGAACUGCGAAUAACUGUCUGUGUAUGUGUGUGGGCAGAGGAUGCGCCGCGUGUCAGGCGUCACGCGCACGCACGCACGCACGCCCCCGCGCCUCGACCCACGGGACAUUGUAAAAUAUGACGUGACAUCUUACGUAGAAAUCAGUAGGGACUUUUAUUCCAUUCUUUUUUUCACGUUUACAUUUUAAUCAUUCAAAGUCGCUCCUGCCCCUCCUUGAGCAGUUUGUGCUGUGUAUACCACUGCUUUAUAUAAGUUAUUUUUUAAGGUGAACUCAGAUGUUGCGGUUUUGUAAAUGUCUGCGAUCAUGGGUAGGAAUAAAAUCGCUUAUUUGAGAGCUUUCAUUAAAUUGUGUCUGAUGCAAGUCACCGUGAACCUCCGUGUGCUGUCUCAAGAAAUGGAGCGAGCACAGCUCCGCGCUCGCGUGCAC